UCAAAACUAUAAAAAUGUGUACGGUGCGCGUAAUAUAGUUCGGCCCAAAUUUAAAUGGAUUUUCUUUUGAAUUAAAUUAGGAAAAAUAAAAAUGAUUACUAAUACUGCUUACAUAUUUCUUAUAUAUUUUUUAUCGUGUAUAUUAAUUACUCUUGCCGGCCGAGAUUUUUACCAAAUACUUGGGGUGUCGCGGUCAGCUAGUACAAAUGAAAUCAAAAAAGCUUACAGAAAAUUAGCAAAAGCCCUGCAUCCUGAUAAAAACCAAGAUGAUCCAGACGCAUCCCAAAAGUUCCAAGAUCUUGGAGCGGCGUACGAAGCUCUCUCAGACCCUGACAAAAGAGAGUUAUACGACAGAUGCGGCGAAGAUUGUUUGAAAAAAGAUGGUAUGAUGAAUAACAAUGACCCUUUUGCAAGCUUUUUUGGAGAUUUUGGUUUCCACUUCGGCGGAGAGCAACAACAACACGAAACGCCGCGGGGGGCGGAUGUGGUCAUGGAACUGACUGUCUCACUGGAAGAGCUCUAUAAUGGAAACUUUAUAGAAAUAACAAGAAAUAAGCCAGUCAUAAAACCAGCAUCUGGAACCCGGAAAUGCAACUGUCGUCAAGAGAUGGUUACAAGGAACUUGGGUCCGGGUCGGUUCCAAAUGAUGCAGCAAACUGUUUGUGAUGAAUGUCCAAAUGUCAAAUUAGUCAAUGAGGAGAGGUUACUAGAAAUUGAGGUUGAAGUUGGUGCUCCUGACAAUCAUAAGUCAAGGUUAAGAGGCGAGGGUGAACCCCACAUGGAUGGUGAGCCUGGUGACCUAGUCAUUGUGUUUAAGACUGAGCGGCAUCCACACUUCACUCGUCGUGGAGAUGACCUUUACACAAAUGUUACCAUAUCAUUACAGGAUGCAUUAACUGGCUUCAGCCUUGAAAUGGUGCAUUUGGAUGGACACAAAGUGACAGUUUCUCGCGAUAAAGUGACAUGGGCUGGCGCACGUGUAAGGAAGAAGGGUGAAGGCAUGCCCAAUUUCGAAAAUAACAAUCUACAUGGAAACCUUUAUAUUACUUUUGAUAUUGAAUUUCCUAAAAAAGACUUUAGUGAUGAAGAUAAAGAAGCCCUGCGCAAAAUUCUUGCACAGUCACCAAAUAAUAAAGUAUACAAUGGACUUUGAAUACCUAUAUUCCAAUUUAAUUUAUUCCAAAGUAAUGAGAAAAGUGUGUGCUCCAGAUGAUGAAAGUGUAUUGUGAUUUGUGUUAAAUGUAAGGUUUAUGCAGGUUUUACAAAUAAAUUAUAAAAAGGA